CGCCCACAACCCCCUCACCUAUCUCCAGCCUCGAGUGUAUCCCUCCUAACUCAUCCCACCCUGGGCUAGGGAAGUUUGCACGGAGGAGAAAGUGAAGACGGCCAACUUUCCUCCUUGGAACUCUCAAUUCGAAGAUGAGAGUUCCGUCUCCGCAGCGCCCCCAAGCCGCAGUGAGAGAACAGCUGCGGGAUGAACGUUCCCUCCUGAGACCUGACAAUCAGAGAGAACCCGAUCCCUGAGGGCCCGCUGCCAGAGGCCAGCCCAGAAUAGUGCCACCCCGCUGCCGCCUGUCACACACUUGACACUCUAGCGGGCUAGGGCUGGCCGCAUGGAGCCUGAGCUGGAACACACACUGCCUGGGACCCUGGCCUGGAGCCACAGUGGGGAUCCAGAGGAUCAAGAGAUGAACUUCCUAGAACAAGGAGAAAACUCAUGGCCGUCACCAGCUGUGGCCACCAGCUCAGAAAGAGCCUGUGCAGCGCGGCUUGUCAAGGCUUCCAGGUGGACAAGGCAGGAGGCUGUAGAGGAAGCAGAGCCACCAGGUUUGGGAGAAGGUGCCCAGUCCAGACCAGCUGCUGAGUCUGCCAGGGAGGAGGCCACAUUCCCCAAGGCCACACCCUUGGCUCAAGCUGUUCCCUUGGCUGGAGCACAGACCUCCCUUACGGAGUGGGACCUCCUCUUGCCCAACUGUGCAGCCUCAGCAGUGGGCUCCAGCACAGGUGACCUAGAGCUGGCCAUGGAGUUCCCAGACCCAGAGGCCUGGGACUGUGAGCUCGAAGGCCUGGGGGAGGACAGGCCUCAGCCUCGCCCAUCCCCACAGGCCCCACUUCUCAGCUUGAGUUGGGAUGAUGAGCUGCAGAAGCCUGGGGCUCAGGUCUAUAUGCACUUCAUGCAGGAACACACCUGCUAUGAUGCCAUGGCCACCAGCUCCAAACUGGUCAUCUUUGAUACUAUGCUGGAGAUUAAGAAGGCUUUCUUUGCCAUGGUGGCCAACGGUGUGAGAGCAGCCCCUCUGUGGGACAGCAAGAAGCAGAGCUUUGUGGGUAUGCUCACCAUCACAGACUUCAUCCUGGUGUUGCACCGCUACUACAAAUCCCCCCUGGUCCAGAUCUAUGAGAUUGAAGAGCAUAAGAUUGAGACCUGGAGGGAGAUCUACCUACAAGGCUGCUUCAAGCCUCUAGUCUCCAUCUCUCCCAACGACAGUCUGUUUGAAGCUGUCUAUGCCCUCAUCAAGAACCGGAUCCACCGCCUGCCCGUCCUGGACCCGGUCUCGGGCACUGUGCUCUACAUCCUCACGCACAAGCGGCUGCUCAAAUUCCUGCACAUAUUUGGUGCCCUGCUGCCCCGGCCCUCCUUCCUCUGCCGCACUAUCCAAGAUCUGGGCAUCGGCACAUUCCGAGAUUUGGCUGUAGUUCUGGAAACAGCUCCUAUCCUGACUGCGCUGGACAUCUUUGUGGACAGGCGUGUGUCCGCACUGCCUGUGGUCAAUGAAUCUGGUCAGGUCGUGGGCCUCUACUCCCGCUUUGAUGUCAUUCACCUGGCUGCCCAGAAAACCUACAACCACCUAGACAUGAGUGUGGGAGAAGCUUUGAGGCAGAGGACACUGUGUCUGGAGGGAGUUCUCUCCUGCCAGCCCCAUGAGAGCCUGGGUGAAGUCAUUGACAGGAUUGCACGGGAACAGGUGCACAGGCUGGUGUUGGUGGAUGAGACCCAGCAUCUUCUGGGCGUGGUCUCUCUGUCUGACAUACUUCAAGCGCUGGUACUCAGCCCUGCUGGCAUCGAUGCCCUCACUGCCUGAGAGUUCCUGAGUCCUCAUUCCCGAGUCAUCUUCCUCACCUGAAAACCAAUGAGAGGAUCUAGGGGAACUUGGCCUUCAUCUUCUCCCACCCUCGUUUGCUGGUUCUGCUCUGGUACAGGCUUUCCAGCCUUCACUAAAUUGUCCUUGCUGUACCUCUACUCCCAGAAGCUUUUGGGCAUGCGCAGAACACCAGGAUGAUGAAAUUAAGCCCAAUCAAGUCAAGCCUGAAAGUCCUGACCCAGAGGCACUGCGAUCAGCCUAGAACAAUGUGUGUGCCCCGUGCUUUCUUAUGCCCUUCCCUCCGCCUGGGUCAGGGCUGAUCUCAGUGUGGCAGUGAGCAUUUAGCUGGGAGCCUGGAAUGCUUGGUUCUGGAUGCAUGUCCCCAGCUCCUAGGAGCCCUGGUUGUUCUUUCUCUGUGGAAGCCACCAUUGUGCCACCACCAUCCUACUCUCCUGGCACUUCCAAGCUGCUGGUGGCCAAUGUUGAGCAGCCCUUGAUUCUAGAGCUGCCUGCUGGGGCUAUAGUAGACAUUCAUCAUGGCCCAGCAGGUGGCUUUUACUAUCUACAGCUGAAAUGGGACUGUCACGGUGUCCUUUUUGGGUGUCUGUAACGGGUCUGCCAUUGAGGUCUACAGAAGCAUGUGGUAUUCUUGGGGCUCCUGACAUUGCUGUACAGUGGAUUCCUUAGCUCUCACCAGUGAGCACUGUUCUGCUCCCCUCAGUGUCCUCUACCCCCAGAUAGAUUUAGAUCUGAGAAUGAGCAAUCAAGAAAGAAGAGCAAGCCAUGACCUCAGAUGCUAUGGGCUUACUCAAACACUGCAGUUAUUGAAAUGAACUUGUGGCAAGCUCCUUGUGUCUCCUGAACUCAAAGACUUGAAGGAAAGUCUGAAUUAUCAAAAACUGCAAGUGGCCUUUAUUUUGUGGGUAGACUGUUGUCUUUGAUUUGUAACGAAAUGAUAAGGAAGACAUUUAUUAAUUACUCACAUAGUAGGUGAAACCCAGUCUACAAAUGGGAGUCUGCAGGAAACAUAACUGAUCCUGUAAUACUGGAUGUAAUUUCUACAAUGAACUCAAUUCACCAAGUAGAAAGAAAUUAAUCUCA